AGAAAAAUGGCAGAAACAAAUUUCAGCUCCAUGGUAGAAUUUGUUCUCCUGGGAUUUUCUGACCUUCCUAGCCUCCAAGGGUUUCUCUUUGGGAUUUUCUUAAUCAUUUACACAAGUAUCCUGGUAGGAAAUGGCCUCAUCAUUGUCAUUACCAAAGUUACUGCUGCUCUCCAAACCCCCAUGUACUUUUUCCUCAGAAAUUUUUCCUUCUUAGAAAUCUGCUACACAUCAGUGACUAUCCCGAGAAUGCUGUCAGACCUUUGGACCCAAAAGAAAAAUAUUUCUUUAUUAGCUUGUGGUGUACAACUUGCUAUCCUCCUUAGUCUAGGAGGCAGUGAGAGCUUCUUCCUGGCUGUGAUGGCCUAUGAUCGUUACGUGGCUAUCUGUAAACCACUCUACUAUCCUGUCAUCAUGAACCACAAAAAGUGCCUUCAGCUGGUUACUGGUGCCUGGACAAUUGGAAUUCCAAUUCAGAUAGCGCAAACAUGCCAGCUAUUCACUCUGUCUUUCUGUGUGUCUAAUAAACUCAAUCAUGUUUUCUGUGAUAUUCCCCCAUUACUGAAUCUGGCCUGUGGGGAUACCUCUUUGAAUGAGCUAUCAGUCUAUGCUGGUGCUACAAUCUUUGUUACAGUUCCUUCACUGUUGAUACUCUGGUCCUACAUCAAAAUCAUCAAGACCAUCCUGAAGCUACCAUCUGCCAUGGGGAGACGCAAAGCCUUUUCCACUUGUUCCUCCCACCUUAUAGUUGUGGGUUUAUUCUAUGGAUCUGGUUUUAUUACAUAUUUGAGACCCAAGUCAAGCCAUUCACCAGGAGUAGAUAAAGUACUUGCCCUUUUCUAUACUAUUGUAACCCCACUCUUUAAUCCUAUGAUAUACAGCCUGAGGAACAAAGAUGUCAUUGCAGCUAUAAAACAACUCGUUCCUAAGUGGCUAAGUUAA